UGCCGCGGACACCGGCGCCCCGCGCGGGGCCGCCCCCGCCCUGAGCGGCGGUGGCGGGCGGGGAGCCCCGGCGGGCAGGACCCGCCCGCCGCCCCGCCGAGCGCCGGAGCAGAGCGGCCGCCCGCCCGCGCCCCGCCGAACUUCGACGCCGACAAGUGCCUGGGGCCAGCCGCGACCCCGCCGAGCCGCCCCGCGACCCGCCGGAAACUUUCUCGGGGAAGAGCAUCCCCUCUCCUCACGCCCUCCCCGCGGCCCUUCAUGCCGCCACCGAGGGAGCCCCAGCGCAUCCCAGCGCCGCGGCGGCCCCGCGCCGGCCCGCGGUGAGGCUCGGGCGGCCGAGCCCGCAGGGGUGCUGGUGCCAGAAGAAAAGGAUGAUUGAUGGGAAACAGACACCAGCCUAUAGACACUCACCCUCUUCCUUUGGAUACUGAUUUAUCAGUGUGUCCAGGCAUCCCCUGCAAGCCCUGAACACGGAGGAUCACUCAGGGUUAUCGACAGUGUAGCAGAAGACCUGCAAGUUCACAAUUAUCUGCUGUUGGACAUCUUUUACAAGAAGCCCUGACAGAUAAGUCAUAAGACGAAGGACAAGCACUGCAUGGCUGUGAAAGGCUGUCAUCAGGGCCUGGGUGGCUUCUACCAAAGUCUUUAACAUAGUGAAAAAUCAUCCUAUCCUAAUGCUUCACCUUUGAGUUGGAACCUAUUUUAUAAAUAUAUAUAUGUGUAUGUACAUAUAAUCUCUAGACUGCACUUACGCCAGCACUGAGCAUCCUUACGAAGCUGACAUCAAAGGAUUAGAGAUGUAUUUGUCAAGAUUCCUGUCACUUCACGCCCUCUGGGUUACUGUAUCCUCCGUGAUGCAGCACUACCCUUCUGUGUGGGGACACUAUGACGUGUGUAAGACUCAGAUUUACACGGAAGAAGGAAAAGUAUGGGAUUACAUGGCCUGCCAGCCAGAAGCCAGAGACAUGAUCAAAUAUGUAAAAGUGACUCUGGAUCCCCCAGACAUAACAUGUGGAGAUCCUCCUGAGACUUUCUGUGCAAUGGGGAAUCCCUACAUGUGCAAUAAUGAAUGUGAUGCGAGUACCCAAGAACUGGCUCAUCCUCCAGAGCUGAUGUUCGACCUGGAAGGAAGACACCCCUCCACAUUUUGGCAGUCCACAACUUGGAAGGACUAUCCAAAGCCUCUUCAUGUUAAUAUUACACUCUCCUGGAACAAAACCAUUGAGCUUACAGAUAACAUAGUUAUCACCUUCGAGUCUGGCCGUCCUGACCAAAUGAUCCUGGAGAAAUCCCUCGACUACGGACGAACGUGGCAGCCCUACCAAUACUAUGCCACAGACUGCCUAGAUGCUUUUCACAUGGAUCCAAAAUCAGUGAGGGAUUUAUCACAGCACACAGUCCUAGAAAUCAUUUGCACAGAGGAAUACUCUACUGGGUAUAUGACAAAUAGUAAAAUAAUCCACUUUGAAAUCAAAGAUAGAUUUGCUUUUUUUGCUGGACCUCGGCUUCAUAACAUGGCUUCUCUUUACGGCCAGCUUGACACCACCAAGAAGUUAAGAGAUUUCUUUACCAUCACAGAUCUGAGGAUAAGACUGCUCAGGCCAGCAACUGGUGAAAUAUAUGUAGAUGAGCAACAUCUGGCACGCUACUUUUAUGCAAUUUCAGACAUAAGGGUAUAUGGAAGGUGUAAGUGCAACCUUCAUGCUACUGGCUGUAAAGAAGAAAACAAAAGACUACUUUGUGAAUGUGAGCAUAACACAACGGGCCCAGACUGUGGAAAAUGCAAGAAGAAUUAUCAGGGCCGACCGUGGAGCCCUGGUUCUUAUCUGCCUAUACCUAAGGGCACUGCUAAUAUCUGUAUACCCAGUAUUUCCAGUAUUGGUAAUCCUCCAAAGUUUGAUAGGAUAUGGCCGAAUAUUUCUUCCCUUGAGGUUUCUAAACCAAACCAAGUUGCUCCCAAAUUAGCUAUGUCAACUGUUUCUUCUGUUCAAGUUGCAAACCACAAGAGAGACUGUGAAUGCUUCGGGCACUCCAACCGGUGCAGUUACAUCGAGCUGCUCAAUACGGUCAUUUGCGUGAGCUGUAAGCACAACACUAGAGGUCAGCACUGCGAGUUAUGCAGGCUGGGCUACUUCAGAAAUGCUUCUGCAGAGCUGGACGAUGAAAAUGUGUGCAUAGACUGUUAUUGUAACCCUUUUGGUUCAGUCCAUGAUCGCUGUAAUGACAGAGGAUUUUGUGAGUGUAAGGAGGGAACAUCAGGGCCUAAAUGUGAUAAAUGUCUGCCGGGAUAUAUCUGGCACAGCUUGGGCUGUCAACCAAACGUGUGUGACAACGAGCUGCUGCACUGCCAGAACGGGGGAACGUGCAUCAACAACGUGCGCUGCCAGUGCCCGCCGGCCUACACGGGCAUCCUGUGCGAGAAGCUGCGCUGCGAGCGCGACCCGGGCGGCUGCAGCCACAGCUCGGGCCAGGGGCUGGCGGCCCUGGGGCCUGGCCUGCUGCUGCUGCCUGCCCUGCUCACGGCCUGGGAGUUCUGCAGCUGCUGAGGGCAUGGGGCCCUGGGGCCUGCCCUGCUCACGGCCUGGGAGUUCUGCAGCUGCUGAGGGCAUGGGGCCCUGGGGCCUGGCCUGCUCAUGGCCUGGGCACUCUGCGGCUGCUGAGGCCAUGCAGCCUGGGGCCUGGCCUGCUGCUGCUUCCUGCCCUGCUCAUGGUCUGGGAGCUCUGCAGCUGCUGAGGCCUUGGGGCCUGCCCUGCUCAUGGCCUGGGAGCUCUACAGCUGCUGAGGCCCUGCCUGGCCGCACCACACUCAGACUGCACCACUGGAAUCCCAAAGGGAAAAAAGAAUAAAAAUUACCCCAUAUGAACUAGGAAGGCCGAACUGAACUAAGCCAUAACACUCAGUCACGGACAGGGCUGCGAGUCCGACUGCUCGCCUGUGACUGGAGGCGCGUUGGCAGCGGCCUGUUCUGUCAGCCCGAGCAGUGCUGGCUGCAGGACUGACCCGGCUCCACAGCCCCGCAGUGGGACCAGAAUCCCAGCAGCAUCCGCCUCUCCUCUCCGGUGCGCUACUGUACCUCCCGGCGCGUGGACUGACCAAACCAAGGCAUUCUUUGCUGUCAGUGCAUUGUGGGUAUAAGGAAAUCUGUAAAAGCUGCCAUAUUGGCCUGCUUCAGCCCCCAAAUCCUUUCCAACCUGUGCUUUAGUGAACGUUGCUCUGUAACCCUUGUUGGUUGAAAGAUUUCUUUGUCUGAUGUUAGUGAUGCACAUGUGUAACAGCCCCCUCAAUAAAACUCAAGCCAGUCAUAUCCUUGUAUACCUUAGCAGCACUGCAUCAGUAAGAUGCUGUGUUCACCUACUGUACAAGAGUGGCUAUAGGACAAAAAGUGUAUUUAUCCUUUUGUAUUCAAAUGAAGUUAUUUUUCUUGAAAUAAUGUACAAUGUAGAUUUUUUGUAUUAUUGCCUAUUUGUGUUACCAGACAAUUUAUUAAUGUAUUUAAUUCUAAUCAGGUAAGAAAAAACUAUUACUUUUUAUUUAGUCUUUUUCUUUUUCCUUUCAUUUAAUUGUGCAGAGAUUUCUCUGUAUGGGCAACGUGCUGGCAUCAAAGAAUAUCAGUUUACAUAUAUAACAAGUGUAAUAAGAUUCCACCAAAGGACAUUAUAAAUGUUUUCUUGUUGCUUUAACACUGGAAGAUUUCAAAGAAUAAAAAUUCCUGCAUAAACA